AUGUCCACUCCUGCCAAAAGAAGACUCAUGAGAGACUUCAAGAGAAUCCAGCUGGAUGCCCCAAGUGGCGUUUCGGCCUCGCCUGUUCCUGACAAUGUGAUGUAUUGGAACGCCGUUAUUAUAGGGCCAGCCGAUACGCCGUUUGAGGACGGAACGUUCCGCUUGGCCAUGCAAUUCGACGAACAGUAUCCGAACAAACCGCCACUGGUGAAGUUUUUGAGCACAAUGUUCCAUCCCAACGUAUAUGCCACCGGCGAGUUGUGUCUAGAUAUUUUGCAGAACAGAUGGUCGCCAACGUAUGAUGUGUCCAGUAUUUUGACCUCGAUCCAGUCGCUUUUGAACGAUCCCAAUAUCUCAUCUCCUGCCAACGUGGAGGCUGCCAAUUUGUACAAAGACCACCGUUCCCAGUACGUCAAGCGUGUACGUGAGACAGUAGAAAACAGCUGGAACGAGGAUGACAGUGACGAGGAUGAGGAUGGAGAAGACGAGGAAGACGAUGAUGAGUGA